UCCCAUUGGCUCCGUCGGUCACAUGACUUCACUGGCUCCGACGGAGACGCAGAAAAAUAAAAACAUUAAAAAUAAAAAUAUUAAUUAAUGAAAUUAAACACCGACAGUUCGUUAUUAUCGCUCAGAUUAACGCCACAGCCUUUUCCUCUGGGUGUGAGAAGAGUGGAGCGAGCUUCUCCUUUUAAAGCAGAUUCAGCGUUUCAGUUCAUUAAGAUUCACAGCGUCGUUACGGACGAUAGACGAUGUCGGGAAGUUUCUACUUCGUCAUGGUGGGUCAUCAUGACAACCCUGUGUUUGAGAUGGAGUUCCUUCCAGCUGGGAAAGCAGAAUCGAAGGAUGACCACCGACACCUGAACCAGUUCAUUGCUCAUGCAGCGCUUGACCUGGUAGAUGAGAACAUGUGGCUGUCCAACAGCAUGUACCUGAAGACUGUGGACAAAUUUAACGAGUGGUUCGUCUCUGCGUUCGUCACUGCAGGUCAUAUGAGGCUCAUCAUGCUUCAUGACGUGCGGCAGGAGGACGGAAUCAAAAACUUCUUCAAUGAUGUUUAUGAUUUAUACAUCAAGUUCGCUAUGAACCCUUUCUACGAGGUAAACACGCCCAUCCGCUCCACGGCCUUCGAAAGGAAAGUGCAGUUUCUGGGGAAGAAACACCUCCUGAGCUGAUUCCCGACCGGCGUCUGUGAUUUUCCGGCCUCUCGAUUGUUUUUGCGUUAUAAAUGUCUGAUGUAUAAAUUUAAUUUCACGUUGAACGUUCACGCGCCCCGACUAGGAAUCCCUCCCUCCGCCAGCUGUGACUCCGCAUGUCAGAAUUUCAGCUUGUGUAGUUUGUUUCAUAUAAACACUUAAAAAAUGGUUCUUCAAGGGUUCUUUAAUACAGAAAAUGGUUCUAUACAGAAGCGUGAACAUGUUUGCUUGAUUAAAGGGUUCUUUGCAUGGAGAACGUGUGGUAGAUGGUUCUACAUAGAACCUUUUAGAAAAGGGUUCUGCUGUUGCAACAAGCCUGCCAUUACAUACACAGAACCCCUUUUCUGAACGGUUCUACAUAGAACCAUCUACAACACAUUCUUAGUCAAACUGAAGAACCCUUUAAUCAUGCAGAGUUAGGUGAGUGUUCAUGGUUCUAUUUAGAACCAUUAUCUGUACUAAAGAACCCUUGAAGAACCAUCUUUAAGUGUUUAGAAGCCCCUUUCCAACAGGUACAGGAGGGAAAGAAUUUUUUUGGGAAUUUUAACUCAGAAGUAAAUCAAAAUUUGACUUUGAAUCUCAAACAAACCUUUUUCUCUUGAGAUAUUUUUGAUUUCUUAAGACAAAAUUUGAUUUCUUAACACGACUGUGUUGAACUAACGAGCUGUUAAAUUGCAGCAAAGUAGUUGUUUCAGAAUACCGAGCAUUCCUGUGAAAAUUUGGCUUCAGAAACAGCACCUGGUGGGAAUGGGCCUCUGUAGUUUCCUCAACGGCUGAGCUUGUUUAUUUGUUUGUUUGUUUGUAAUAAACAUGUAUCUUCUGUCUAAAACUAUUAAAGAACUAACAGACAUGCUA